AUGAUAGGUCGGUCAACUAAGGCGCGUCGUGGGCCUUGGGUGGGUGCGAUGUAUUGAUGUGUGUGUUCUUGUGGGUGACUGAUUGUGCAGAGGCCGGGGAGACCGACAUUCUGGUAGAGGCGGGGUUUGUGUCGACUCUGAUCAGUCUGUUGGACACCUGUGAGCGCAUCGGAACAAGCGUAUCGCUUUGUCUGAUUUGCCUCAAGUCCCUGUUCACAAAACAUCGCAAGGUCCGUCCGGAAGCCACCCUUCAUCCAGCACAUCGACCUUGUGGCGUGUGUGUAUAGGUGCUUGAGACCGAUGGCCUGACGGAGGCCCUGUGUGGUUUGCUGCUGAAGGACGCCCGGGGAGAGCUCAUAUACGGCGAUGGGCGAGAGUGCUUUCGCGACGUUGAUCGCAUGUGCGCCAUCGACCUACUCAAGGCACUCGUCAGGUGAGUCAGUGAGGGAAGGCUGGAGGGAGGGAUUUACUGCGAAGCAUCUCUCUCUGUGUGUGUCUGUUCUGUCUGUCUGCAGCUAUGGCAGGUCGCUGGGUGGCAAGACGGCGCACAAUCCCUACACACGUCAGAUACUGCAGGUACCAUGGUUGCAAUAUGAGCAUCCACAUCCACGAGCCCCAUCCACCUGCCUGUAUCCAUCAGCUGGAGUCGGUCAAGGCCAUGCGGGCCCGCAAGAACAACAUCAACGUGCCACCGCAGGUCAGCCGCGCACACCGCACCAGGCACGAGACCCAUGCACCCGACCCGGCUGCCAUGACUGUCUGCAGGUGUCGGCCUUCUUCGACUCGCUGGCACAGCAGGACAAGAGGGGCAGCAAGGCCAAGUCGACUCAGCCGUACUUGUCGGAUGCUCAGCUGGCGGCCAGGGACAGAGAGGCGCAGCGCAGAGCGGACGAGCUCAUCGAGGAGGAACGGCGCGAGAAGGCAGCCAAGACCAAGAAAAACAACAAAGCCAAGAAGGGCAAGGCCCCCGAGUCGGCGACGGAGCCGUCAGUGCCCUCACCAACGGCCGCACCGACCAGGUGUGAAGGAAAGCCACCCACUCCACCACCACAGACCAGACGCAACGUCUUUUCAUCCGUGUGUCUGCUGUGCGCAGGUCGUCGUCUACGGUAGUGGAGGAGGACGUGGAGCCGCCUGCUCCCUCCUCAUCCAGUGCCGACACGUGAGCAACCAACCAAUCCACUCGACGCGAUGUACGCCCAACAUCCAUAGCAUGUGUCUGAGCGGCCUCUUUUGUAGGUCGGUUCCGUCGGUUGCACCUGCAGCGGACGGGGGGCAGCGAGAGGGAUUGAUCGAGCCGACGGCGAAUGAGGAGAGCGACGACAACAACGGCGACAGUGACGACAUGCUCAUCAACUCGGCGUUCGGCCAGCAUGCACGACAGAAGACCACCGACAGCCACAAAACCAAGACCGGCAAACAGGGCAUGAAAGACCUUCUCACACCCACCCCUCAUGCGAAGCCACUGCCCCCGCCCCGCCCCUCCACCACGUCCACCGAGAAGGGGCAGGGCCGUCGCGGCAAACCCCGCUUCUCCACGGCCACUGCGUGCCUCCCCGCGGCUGUGGAUGGGCAUCAGCACAACCACACCAACACCAGCACCAACAAGAAACAAACAGCGGCCCCCCCGCGAGUCGGGCAAGGUUCGCUGGCCCCCUUCGCCAAGGGGAUGGUGACGCUGAAGCCCCCACAUGGCAGAGGGAGUGGGCCGAUGGCUCGCGGCCCACCUGUCCCGGAGGGCCCCUCUCGCUCUACGACAGCCGGGAGUGGCGCCGGCAGGGGCCUGAUGUCUCUGUUUGCUAAUGAGUCGACUCCACCGCCCCGCCCCCUCUCCCCGCCCCCAUACCCAACACUCCCGUCAGCCGAAGAGCUCAGAAAGGCCGACCAGUGGCAGGAGCAGCAGCAGCAGGCGACAUUCGAAGCCGAGUGGCCGAGGUAAGACAGACUAUAGCGGUCGAAACUUCUGCACCUCUGAUCUGCCUGUAUGUCUGUAGUCUCCCUACUACACCUGCGUCAGCCGCUUUCGGCCCGUCGUCACCACGGCCACCUGUCAACCCACAGUGAGGCACAUGAUUCUGCCGAUCGAUAAGUGCAUUCAUGAGCUGUGUCACUCAUCGUUCGGUGUGCACGCAGUACUCCACCGUUGCCCGUUAGCCAUGACGGCCCCAUCAACAUCGGCUUCUCAAGCGUUGCCCUGCCACACGAUCCCAUUCCUCUCUCCCCGCCCGGCUCGCCACUCCCUCUCUUGCCGAUGUCGCACUCGGAUGGCCCCCCCGCCGUCGCUGCUGGUGGUGAGGGGCCGUCAUCUUCGGUCGACCCGUUCUACGACGACCAUGACAGUGACGAUGACAUGCAUGUGCCGCCCCCGCCGCCAAUAUUCGAAUGGGAAGAGGAUGAGGACAGCGGCUACGGUACCCCAGCACCAGCACCAGCAGCGGCAUCAUCGAGUAGUGCAUCCAUCCCGUCUGCUGCCAACGGGAGAGCGGGUGGGUGAACACGGCACCGAACAGAGUGGCCAAGGGGCGAAUCAAUCAUGUGUGUCAUGAGCAAGGUUUGGCACGUGUGUGCUGUCCGUCCGUCUGCAGGUCUUCUGAGGGCCAUGGCGAUAUGUACCACUUGAUGCUGCAGAUGCAGCUCGAGAUGCAAGCCAUGAGACAACAGUGAGCCAGCCGAGAGGCAGCCACCAAACGAACCGAAUGCCAGCCUUCUCCUUCGUUUCCCAUUUCAGGCUCGCCCAGAUGAGUGGGCAGCAGUCCUCACAGCAGCCCCCAUCCAGCAGCUCGUCGGCUCCUCCACCCCCUCUCCCUCUCCCUGCCCCUCUCCCUGCCCCUGCCCCACCCACCACUCAGUCUCAGCCAAGCGGCCAGUGCUGUGUGUGUUACGGCGAGCACGGCCCGGCCACUUUCGCCUUCGUCCCCUGCAGGCAUCUGUGUUUGUGCGCGCAUUGCCACCAGCAGUACAAGGCCCGUCACGACCAGAAGGUGGCGCGGGUGCAGCAGCGGAACCGCACCAGGGACAAGCCGCUGCCGCUGGCGCAGUACCGAUGUCCCUACUGCAAUGGCGAGGCGGUGCACUCUGACACGCUUCCCAACCUCCGGCAGUGGGUGGAGCAGAUUCACACGAUCGACGGAGGCGACGAGCUGUGCGUUUAA